AUGUCUAGGAAUGAAACUCGUUCGUGGGCCCUCGGCCAAAUCGACAACGCUAGUCCCCAGGUUGAGGAGAAGCGACGCGCUUCUGAACCCUCUCAGCGGCGUCUGAGGGAUAUCCAUGUCAUCCUCAACUCCUCCUCCCCUGCCAAUCAGCUCCCGGACGAACUGAUCAUUGAGAUCAUUCUCAUCAUCAAACACGAUGACCCACGCUUCCACACCCGAUGGAUCAAGACGACGCAUGUUUGCCAUCGCUGGCGUACGGUCGCAUUGAACGCUAGUAUCCUUUGGAGCACAAUCGACUUCAAUGCCCUUCAUAUCCGCGGGGAACUCGACACGGCGCAACUGAGCCUCCAACGUUCCAUACCCGCCGCGGUGGACGUCCGUGUCGCGUUAGGCUGCCCCAAUAAGGCUUUGAAGUCUCUAGCAGGACAGGAGCACCGCGUAGCUCACCUGCAUAUCUCUAAUGUGCAGGUCGAGAAUCAUGAGCUGCAGACCGUUGCGCAUCUUUUGCGUGCGCUGACUCACCUCGAGAGUCUUGAUGUAUCGGCCUUAUGGACCCCUCAUCCUCUGGGAAGGAAUGGAGUCCUACAUCUAUCCACCGUGCAGGCCGCCAGACUUCGGAAGCUCGCGCUCACGGACGGCAUCUCUGUGGACGUCGCCGGUCAUCUCGGCAACCUGACGUAUCUCAAAUUAUCCGCGCACACACCGGAUUACACGUCCUGGUUCUCGUUGAUCGACUCUUGUCCAUUGCUCGAGUUUAUAUGGCUGCAGGCCUCCUAUGUAGGGCUAUCUUCAUCUAGACAGCGCCUCUCUGACGACGAGGUCAUGGCUGGAAACUCGAGCCACGAGGGUGUCCCUUCCCACACGGUUAUGAGAAAUUUACGCACUCUCAAACUUGAACUACAGCUCAAGCCCACCGCCUCCGUCCUGCAGAGAUUCUCGUUCCCUCAAACAACACGUCUGUCGUUUGACGUUGGGCGUGACGAAUCGAUACCGUCGAUGGCACCUGCUCUCGCAAUGCUCAAGCAGAUGCCCACAUACAACUCCCUUGUCUUAGCAACACAAUCUCUUGACAUCAUGCUGAGCGGGCUGUACUCUCGCAUUGCCAUCUGGGCCGACCCCCGACCCGGCAGUUCAUGCAAGGCGCUCAUGCGGUUCGCAAUGUCGACUGGCGCAACUAACAACAACACGAAUCUUGCGGUCAUCCGUGAGAUACUCUCGAUGUUCUCAUCCUCCCUAUUAACGUUUCUGUGCGUCGGCUGGACCCCCUUGGACCUUCCACUCUGCCUACAAAUUCUUCAUCAGUAUCCCCUGCUGAAGGAGCUCCAAAUCGGCGGUCCACAGAACAUCGUAACCAUGCUCAAUGCUCUCCGCCCGCAGGCCGCCCCGACCGCGGAUUCCACCGUUCCAUGUCUAGAGCUUGACGUCCUUUACCUCACAGUCGCAAGAGGAGGAGGAAAUACCAGGCUGAGGCAGGGGGUCGUGGCGGCUGCUCUGGACACGCUACUCGCCCGAGAUGCGCGCGGAGCACGGUUGAAGGAGUUGCGCCUAGUGGACUUCGAUCACCGCACGCUCGAGGCGAGCACCGAACUCGUGGAGCGUCUGAAGGGUCUUGUCGGCAUAUUAAGAGCCUAG